CUGUCGUUCAACUUCGACAUGUCUGAUAUCACGGAAAAUCUUCUCGCGCAAUAUUAUGGAUUGUCUAAAAAAUCGGAAACCGAAAAAUUUGUAUCAAUUCAUGAUUGCGUGAACAAUGCGGGGAACAUUGAGAAAUUGAUUGGCGAACAAUCGACCGUGGAUACGAAUGACAAUGAUACGUCUGGGGAAACGGAAGUGCAGGAAGACAUUAAGGACGAAAACAAAAAUGCCGAAAUUGACAUUCCGGUGAGAUCCUCCCGAGCAUUAGAAUGGGAAGCAUUAGAAGAUGAUGAAAAAACGUCGUCUGAAUUCGAUAUUAUUUUCGAAGCAAAUACAGCGAACAAUUUAUGUGAAAAUACGAGCGUUUCUUCCGGCAAAGACACGCAAGAUCUUAUCUUACACAAUACCAAAACCAUCACUUUAGAUCCGGAAGACAACGAGGGGAAUGAUUUAUAUCUCUCAUUUAGUGAAGAUGCAUUGCCGGAUAGCGCUUCAGAUGUUUCUUCGAUAACGGGAACGAAAAAAAUGAAGAAAUCUCCAGAUACGUAUGUCUCAUUGACACCACCGUUAAAUAAAUCUCUAAUAUACAAUGAGACUUUCGUAGAUUUAACGAGCGCUGGUCUUACAUCGCUUCCCAUUGAAGUGAUCGAGAAAUAUUCUACAAUACAAAUGUUAUAUCUAGAGAAUAAUAAUCUUUCCGAGCUUCCUGAAGAGCUUUUCGUUUCUUUGCCACAUUUGCAAUGGCUGGACGUUCGAAAUAAUCAAUUGACAAAUUUAUCUGCGAGUAUUCGAUCGCAUCCUUCGCUCGAGAGUAUCCUGCUACAAGGAAAUAAAAUCGAGAAAUUACCAUUAGAAUUGUGUUUGGUGCCAAAACUUAAAAUACUCAAUAUAGCACAUAAUCCUAUUAUUACACCUCCAAAAGAUAUUAUAGCUCUUGGAUGUUCGGGUAUUCUCAAUUAUCUUCGAACUGAAUGGAAUAAAUUGCAUCCGGAUGAGCCUGCAGUGUCUGUUGAGCAAAAAAUUGAACCAAAAUUAUCAACGAUUUUGUGUUAUCAAUCUCCUCACGAAAAGCAACGAAAAUUAUCAAAAAUUUCGCAGCAAACAUCGAAAAAUACUAAUGACAUCGACGCUUCAUUCAAGGGCAUUUCGGUCAGAAAGAGGAGCAGAGCUUACAAACCUAGUAACAGAUGCGAGAAUAAAGGAACCAAUAUUGCUAUAGAACAACGGCUGCAGUGGAUUUCUAAAGCGAGAGAUUUAUUCAGUGCGCAAUCGGCAACAAUUCAAAGAAUUAAGGAUUCGAAUACUAUAAAAAAAUGGAGACGCGAUAAACGAAGUUUCAGUAAAAGCAUGGAGAAAGUAUCGAGAAGAAAUGAAGAUGAUAUUCCAUUCGCAAUCGAUAUCAAAGAUUAUCCUACAAUACGAAAACGACCACAAAAAACGGAAAAAUAUGCGAGUAAUCAGACAUAUGGAGAACUAAGAUUUGCUGCACCAGAUUUGCAAAAAUUUGAAAUUACGAAAUCUUCAGAAAUAUUGACACCUAAAUCCAAACAAAAAUAUCUGCAAACUAAGAUUAAAAAGCUCUCACAUUUUCAAAAGGAAGUUCAAAAUCUAAGAAGAUUCAACGAAAUUAUAUCAGCACCAAUGAAUUCUCCGAAUAAUUAAUCUCGAUGUUUUUUCUCUUCUGAUUUUUAUUCG